ACAUCACAUCAACUCAACUCAACUCCACGCGAGAACCCUGCCGACACCACCUCGCAACGCAAUCCCCCCUGAUCAGCGUUCGCAUCCGCCAAGAUGAAGCUCGUCCGGUUCCUCAUGAAAUGCGCCAACGAGACCGUCACGGUCGAGUUGAAGAAUGGAACAAUCCUCCACGGCACCAUCACCUCCGUCUCCCCGCAGAUGAACACCUCCCUCCGGACCGUCAAAAUGACCACCAAAGGCCGCGACCCCAUCCCCCUCGACACCAUCAACAUCCGGGGCUCGACCAUCCGCUACUUCGUCCUGCCGGACAGCCUGCCGCUCGACACGCUGCUGAUCGACGACACGCCCAAGCCGAAGAACAAGGCGCGCAAGGAGGUUGCCGGGGCCGCGGUCGGGGGUUCUAAACUUCUCUUCUCUUCUCUUUCUCUUUCUCUCUCGCCUCUCGCCUCUCGCCUCUCCUCGACUGGGCCUGCCUCGAAGUCAUAGAGGGGGCUUUUUCUGGGUUUCGUUCGAUUUGGGGGUUUCGCUUUUAUGGGUUUGUUUGUGGUUUUUUUCGGAGUUUUUUUUGUGCAUAUGUAUUUGGGGUGGGUGGUUGAAAGGGAGGGGA